AUGGCGGAGGAGGCGCCACCCUCGGCAGGACGCUGCGCUUGGCUCGUCCAAGAGGGCCUCCGGACAGAGGAGAGGGCUGCUGCACUCGACCGAAGCGGCCAGUCGGCUCAAGCGGCCUUGCACCAUGCACGCGCAGCCACCAAGUUCAAAGAGGCUGCGGAGAGCUGCCCGGCGGACCACGCCGCGGACCGCGACGAGCUGGAGGGCCACUCCGCGGACAUUGCUGCUAGGGCAGUGUACCUGGAGAGCCUCGGCGGGAUGCCUCCCUCCAUGCCACUGGAGGACCACGUCGGCGAGCUGCAGAUUGGCCUCGACUUAUCCGUGGCCGAGGAGCCCAAGGACGAGAAGGUAGCCCAGCUCCUGGCAAGAUCCGGCGUCACUGGCGACAGCGCCGACCUCAGCGACGAAGGCCUACAGAUGGUCCUGGCGCUGCAGAGCGAGGUGGAGUUGAGGAGCUUCCUCCUUCGCAUCCUGGGCAAAGACUGGCGACAGGUGAAAGCCGACGAUGCGAGCCAGCAAGAACUUGUCUCUUUUGCAAAGGGCGUCAGCGGAGGAGCUUCCCCUGCGUCCUUCAGCAGCCUGCGCGAGCAGAUGAGGCCCAGGCCCUUGCAAGCACUGCACAAGACUCUGCAGGCUUUGGCCCUGCUUCGUUGGAUGGGAGAGAAUGGGCUGCAGCCGGACGCCUUUCGGUUCUGUGCGGUGCAGGCGCAGUGCGACCGGGCGGGGCAGUGGCGGCGAGCCGGGCUUUUCUUGCAGCGGAUGGUGGCGGCGAGCACCGAGCCGGGCGCCGUCGCAUAUGGCACCGCCACCAGCGGCUGCCGGCAAGACGGCCGCUGGCCAGCUGCCUUGGCCCUGCUGAAGGAGCUUGCGCUCCUUCACGGCGAGGUCAGCGACAUCGCUCUCAACACUGGGCUGGCCGCUUGCAGCUACGGCCACUCUUGGGACUCUUGGCGGCAGGCGCUGCAGCUCCUGAGACCAGCAACGAACGGCGGGGACCCCAAGCAGUCCAGCACGGCCGUGAACACCGCGGCGAAGGCCUGCGAGACCCGUCUUCACUGGGAUUUGGUUUUGGAGUUGCUGCAGGUGCUUGGCCGAAAUGCUUGGGAGGGCGACGUCUUCAGCUGUUCGACUGCGGUCAGCGCCUGCGGACGCAAACAACACUGGGAGGCGUCGCUGGUCGUGUGGCAAACUUUCAGGGACAGGAGGGUCCAGCCGAAUGCUGUGGCCUAUGGAGCCGUCUGCAGCGCAUGCAGCCUGGGGCGGCCAGAGCUUUGUGGAGACUUCCUUAAAGACAUGCACCGUCGGCGUUUCAGGCCGAAUCUCAUUGUUUGCAAUGUGGCCCUCUCUAGCUUUGUGGAGCUGGACCGCUGGCCGGAUGCCUUGCAGCUACUGGCCGAGAUGGAUGCGGCGGGGCCCACCCCUAACACCGUGAGUUUGCGGGCCGUGGCCGCCGCGCUGGCAGUUCAACGGGAGGGGAGCCUGCUGCGAGGUGCCCGCCCCUUGCUGCACCGGCUUAGCGGGGCUGUGCAGCGACUCCUACAGCCGCUACAGCGCGGAGCCGCUGCGAAAUCUGCGAAGCGCAAAGAAGAGCGCCCGGCUCGCUCGACCUUCUCCAGCUUCGCACCCUUGAGCUCCAGCGUGGAAGCGGCAGAGGUGCUGGCGGAGCACGGCGCGCUGGCCUGCGGAGUCAGUUUGGCCCUUCGCCGCAGCCUUCGGCCCUCCCACAAGGCUCUGCUCCGCGUCGCCGUGGAGGGCGCCCUCGCCACAAUACUGCAGCCGCUGGGACAGCUGGAUAAGUCCCUCGAGUCUUUGUUCGGCCUUGGCGUGCAGGGCACGCAGCUGGCGCUCCGGGAGCUAAGUGCAUUGGGAUUGCGCGCGGCGAGUUGGGAGCCGGCGGCUCGGCAUCGUAGCCGCCGCAACCAGCUGGACCUCCCUGUUGGGACCCGGCCGGCAGCCCAGACCACUCUGGCGUGGCGGGCUGCAUGCAUGGAAGGGAACGCCGGCGUGAGGCGGCCGCUGUUGAGGCGCGCUGGAGCUGCCGUCCGCUACGGCGCUGCGGCCAGCGCGCUAUUGGUGCCCAUCCGCGUGGAGCACGACCGCGCCCUGCACCCGGAGCGCCGAGCACUCGCUGCACUGCUGGCGGAGCUCGUGGCUGCUCAGGGGGCCAUGAGCUUCCCGUGGGUGGAGCUCAAGCUGGGGCCGGGAGAAGACCGGCUGAAAGUGGCCGUGGCCAUGGAGAACGAGUGGGCCAUCACGGCCUCCAUGCGCCGCUCUCUGCUUCGCGCCUUCCAUGGCGGGGACUUUGUCCCCAGGGCCACCUUCUCCUUCGACAACCACCCGCACUGGUUUGUGGGCCACAUGUCCAAGGGGAAGGUCAAGAUCGAGCAGAAGAUGAAGGAUGUGGAUGUGAUCCUCGAGGUCCGCGAUGCCCGGGCUCCUUUCACCUCGGCCCAGUUUGAGCUCACUUCCAACCUGCCGGCCAAUGUGCAACGACUGGUGGUCCUGAACAAGGCCGACCUGGUCACGCCCAACGUGGGCCUCGCCAUGCGGGGCCUCAUCGAGGAGGCGGGGCAGCCGUGCCUCCUCACCACGGCGGCGGAGAACAGGAACCUGAUCAAGAUCAAGCAGUUCGCGCUGGACAACGUGAGGUCCCGGCACCCAAGGACGCUGGGCGUGAUGCUGAUGGUGGUGGGCUUGCCGAACGUGGGGAAGUCCACCAUCAUCAGUGGCCUGAAGCGCAUCGCCUUCGCCACGCUGAGGCAUCAGGGCCCGACCAGCAAGCUGAUGCAGGGGGUCAAGUGGACAGAGCCGAAAAUGAGCAACGUCCCCGGCUUGACGCGGGAGGUUUCCUUCUUUCAGCUGAGCAACCACCCGCGCCUGUACUGCUACGACACCCCUGGGGUCUCGCUGCUGAAGAGGCGCAACGACCCGGAGCGGAACGCGAAGCUGGGAGUUCUGAAGUGCAUGCCCGACCACAUCGCUGGGGAGUCCUACCUGGCAGACUACCUCCUCUACCGCCUGAACCGGGACUAUGUCCUAGACUACGUGGAUGAGUUGGAGCUCCCCGGACCGACCAACGACAUCCGCUACCUUUGCGGCCACAUCUCCGCCCUGCUGUCGCAGCGAACGACCACGCAGAUCUACCAGACGCAGGUGGGUAUGGGCGCCACUUUCUUCCUUGACCUCUGGAGAGCUGGGAAGUUGGGAAAGGUCUGCCUGGACUACGUCCCCGACCCCGGCGAGGUGCAGCGCCUGCGCCAGCUCCGCGCCCAAACCGAGCCCCCGGGGCCCUGGGGCCCGGCGGCCUACCCCGAAGUGCCGGAUGGUUUGGAGCUGGCGCGCCGCGGACCUCUGCUCCCAGAAGGUUUUGUCCCGCAAGGCCGGCACGGGUCGCGCGACCCCCGAGGCUCCCACGACUCCCCGAGCACCGACCGGGAGCCACGAAGGACAAAGGCUACUUCGACUGCUUCGGGGUUUUAG